GUUGGAGGCGAAGGUGAGUGUUCUCUCCUGCUGUAGCUGACUGGCAAAGCAGAGAAAAGCAAAGAGGAAGGCAAAGCAGACAAGGCAAAGUCGCCCUUAUUCUUGCGGUGCUCGCUUCCGAGGCUCGCGGGUGCUCGUCUUCCGAACAUCAUUUUUACGAGUCGUCUUUUCGCGGUGGUAAUUGUAUCCAUUUGGAAAGCUUACUAGGUCGUUUGUAGUGCCCGUCAAUUCUACUCGUCUGCGUCGCAAUCUCCCAGUCUAGGCUAAAGUUACUCCCAGCGCUAGCGAGCGUCAGGUCACAAAACCGGCAAAUGGUCAGGUCUCGUCUGCAAAUGGUUUCUCCGCAAGAAACGACCGUUUUCCGCCGGCGCCUCGAAAGUGGAGCGCUCGUGUUGGCGGCAGCGUUGGCGCUGCUCCUCUUGCCGUGCGCCGAUGCCGCGCGGAACGAUGUCUGGCCUCCCCGGACAUUCUCCGCCGAUCCCUCCCCCGUCCCCCCGCCGGACUGGCGAGACCUCCCCUUCCUGCGCCAAGACAGCGCUCGCCGCAACCUGCUGAGCGGCGCCGACGUGUCGCGUCCCUCUUGGAUGCCCAAGAGCGAAUACACCCUCCCCUGGAUGCUGGGAGAUCGAAAGCCCCUCUUCCCCGCGGACCCCUCGGAUGGUGGCGCUGACGUUGCAGAGGCGGCGGCCACGUCAUCCGGAAACGACGGAUGGCUGGGGGCUAACGGUGCAGGCGUUGCCUCUACCGCCGCUGCUGCUAGCAGUUGGGCGGGCGCGGGAGCGGGCGCGGGUGGGGGGCCGGCGGGGAGAAGAGUAGGAUUGGCGCAGAGAAGGGGGGUUUGCUCCCCCGUUACCGCGUCGACCCCGCGCAUCGUCGUUACAACGGAGGCCGACUUCGUGAAGCGGCUCAAGUUUUCGCGAAAGACGACGGUCCUGAUGACGCUGAAAGCGGAUGUGAUUGUAAAGAAGGGCAUCGUUUUCGGCCCGUACUACUCGUGCACGAUCCUGCAGGCGGACGUCACGGGCAACCGUACGAUCUCGUACCUAGGGGCCAAUCAACCGAUCCUCCGAUUCGUCGAGACGUUCAAUGUAAUUGUAUGGGGGAUCAACUUCUGGAUGGGUAGUCUUCCAACUUCCCCCGCGUGUGCGGGGCUGCCCGAGCUCGGAACGGGGGUGAUUUGCCCUUCAAUUCAUGUGUACAAGUCGUUCGGCAUCCAGAUCGCGCAGGGUUACAUGUGGGGGCGAAUUGACAUGUAUCGCACGAUGAAUUCGCGAAUCGACGGCAUGGCCAUCACCGGCGAGUUCCCGUUCCUCAAGAGCCCCGGGUCGGUGCGAAUCGGGCUGAGCGGGCUUGGCACCAGGGCGAUUAAGUCGGGAAUCGUGCUCUCGAACAACGACAUUUACGUGGUCAACACGCCUGUCUACAUGUCCAACGGCGCCGUCGGCGUGCAGGUCGUGAACAACUUUUUCCACCAGUUCACCGGCAACGGCGUGCAGUGCGGGUCGGCGCAGAACAACGCGGGCAGCUGCAUGAUGACGUUCAUCGCGCGCAACUGGUUCUUCCCCAACACCACCGUCACCGCCAAGACCGACAUCUCCAACGUCGCCUUCGACACGCACUGGAUCAGCCCCGGCAAUGCGGCUUCGUGCAACUACAUGCUGGGCGGCAACAGCUGCUUCAACCUCAAAUCCCAAGCCACUGGCGUGCUCGUGAUGGGGGGAGCGUGCAUGAGUACUUUUGACGGGGUCAACAUCGACAAUGGCAAAGAGAACAGGAUACAGUACUUAUGGGUGAAAGACUACAGUGCUAUGCCCGGUUCAGGUGUAUGCUCCACAGUAACCACCAUCAACUGCAACACGCCCACCGGCAAACUGUGGGAGAGCCUCCGACUCAAGUACUACAACUCGCCAGCCGUCAACAGGCGCUGGCCCUUCCUGAGCAACAUCUGCAAGUCUGCUGCCAUUGGCCCCGUGCCUUGCAACGUCCCCACGGCUGGAACCCUUAACGCGCAGCAGACCGGCAAGUGCAGCGGGCUGCCCACCAACAACAUCCUCGACCUCGCCCUGUUGGACGGCAGCAAGCUCCCCGUGGCGUUUGAGGGCUGCCAAAAGGUCCCCACUGUGCCUAGAGUCAACCGGUUCACGAGUGUCAGGUACACUUCGGCCAAUGUUCCGACGCUCCAGUUCGUGAAUUAUACCAUUGGGAGCUUGGAGGUGAAGCCGACUUCUCCUAUUUUCAAGACAUGGCCCCGGUUCGUGAAUUGCAAGUACGAGUCUCUUGGACUGAAGACCCGAUCGUAUGCGGCUUACCUGGCGUUCUACAACCAACCAGUUCCUCUGGGGUUCCCUCAGCUGUUGAAGAUGACAACCAGCCACCUGUAGAAGGGCUAGGUAGGAUUUGUUAGUUCGAUUUGCUCAUUGCACUACAUUUACUAAAACCAAACACUUUCCAGUGAUAGGUGGAGUGCAGCCCUUGAAAGUAGAGAUAACUGUAGCAUAAAUGUUUUACAAUUAUUCUUGCGUUUCUGAAAGGCUCGGGGUGAUGACAUCG